AUGUUAUGUGUCUGGACCACCCCACCAAACCAGUGGAGCUGUAUUGUGUACAGGACCAGACUCCUGUGUGUACGGUCUGUAGCAUUUUGGGUCGGCACAAAGAGCAUGGCAUGGCGGCCCUGGAGGUGGUGUUCUCUCAGAAACAGGCGGAGCUGCAGUCCCUAGUGGACCACCAGGAGGCGUGGCUGAGACAGGGAGAGGAGACGGUUGGGGAGCUGGAGGAGAAACGAGAAAAUGUUGAGACUAGGGCUGCACAACUUAAGCCGAAAAUCAAUGAAGAAUGUGACGGACUUCACCGAAUCAUUUUCGGGCGCAGUACGGAAAUGAACCGCCAGGUGGAGCUUGCAAGGCAGGGGGACGCAGCAAAGCUAGAGGAAGCGAAGGGCAAUGCAGAGGGCGCUGUGCACAAGGUACGUUCGUCGCUGGCCUACGCGCGGGAGGCCCUGGAGGAAACAGACCCCGCUAGCUUCCUGCUAACAGAAGCGGCAGUGGCGGCAAAACUUGGCAGCUCGAGAGGCAUGCUAGGCACUGCCAUGGCAGUCGAGCACACAUAUGAGGUCGAUGAUAUAACGAUCGACUUCAGUAAAACCGGAAUUGAAGAAAUGUUAGAGUCUCUCGACAUCGGAGAGCCCCCAGAAGCCCCGACCAUUCACAGUCAAGAGUGCAGCUCCAGUUUGGAAGAAGCUUACAUCAUAUGGCAGCCCGUGGAUGAGGCUGAUGAAUACGAGAUCCGUUACAAAGUAGAUGGUGUAAACCUGACUGCAACCGUUAGGGGGCGUUCAUUUACAGCUAAGCAACUGAAUCCUGGAACCAAGUACACAUUCAGGGUCAGGUCAAGGAACGACAAAGGCACUUCUGCAGAGACAAGCAUCCGGCUUGUCACAGCAGCGCCCCCUAUGGCUCCAACGAUCCUCGGCAUGAACUGCAGCACAACCACAGAGGAAGCCUGUGUCGUGUGGGAGCCGGUUGACGACGCCUGGGCUUACGAAGUUCAAUACAAAGUUGGAGACAUUUUGAUGUCCACCAAGGUCAAGUCCAACACAUUUACAGCUAAGCAGCUAGCUCCUGGAACCAAGUACACAUUCAGGAUCAGGUCAAUGAACGACAACGGCACUUCUGCUGAGGCAGCAAGCAUACAGCUUGUCACAACAGCUCCUCCUGCUGCUCCAAUGAUUCUUGGCAUGAACUGCAGCACAACCACAGACGAGGCUUGCCUUGAGUGGGCGUCUGUCGAGGAUGCCAUUGCUUACGAGGUUCUGUACAAGGUCGAUGAUGUUUUGAUCUCCACCACAGUCAACUCCAACACAUUUACAGCCAAACAACUGACUCCUGGAACCAAGUACACAUUCGGCAUUAGGUCAAUGAACGACAACGGAGCUUCUGCUGAAGCUGGCAUCGACCUUGUCACAACAGCGCCCCCUGCAGCUCCAAUGAUUCUCCACGCGAACUGCAGCACAACCACAGCUUGUAUCGUGUGGGCUCCGGUCGCCGACGCUUCUGCAUACGAGGUGUUGUACACAGUCGGAGAUGCUCUGAUGUCCGCCAAGGUCGAUUCCAACACAUUCACAGCUAAGCAGCUGACUCCAGGAACCAAGUACACAUUCGAGGUCAGGUCAAUGAAAUACAACGUGACAUCUGCAGUCAGCAUCAUUGAGCUUGUCACAGCAGCGCCCCCUGCGGCCCCAAUGAUCCUCGGCAUGAACUGCAGCACAACCACAGAGGAAGCUUGUGUCGAGUGGGCUCCGGUUGCCGACGCCAUCGCCUACGAGGUUUUGUACAAAGUCGACGAUAUUCUGAUGUCCACCAAGGUCAAGUCAAACACGUUUACAGCGAAGAAACUCACUCCAGAAACAAUGUACAGCUUCAAUGUCAAAUCCAUCAGUGACAUUGCAACCUCUACUCCGAGCACCAUACAACUGAUCACAAAAGGCCCGAUCAAGUUCCGCCUUGACCCAAACACAGUCGACAUGUGUUAUCUCCAGGUGUCAACCGGGAAUGAUUGCGUUAAAGUGUACAAAACCGGACAUUUGGUUAAUGCAUUUCUCGGGGACACCCCAGUGACCAAUGGCAGGCAAUACUGGGAAGUCAGUGUAGACAGCAUAUCUUACAGCGUGGGCGUGGCCUACGGAGACAUGCCACGAGACAAGGACAUACGACUGACGUCAAGGUCAUGGGCGUUCGAUCGGCACGGGACAUCCUACUACAUCCAGCACGACUGUAAAGUAGUGGACUACUACGAGAAGUACGUGAAGCAUCCGACCAAGAUCGGGGUGCUGGUGGACCACGGCUUGGGCGAGCUGUCCUUCUACGAUGCGGACAAACGGAGUCUGAUCUUCCACCACAAGACCAACGGCUUCAAACAGCCCCUGUACCCGGCAUUCUCCCUGUGGCACGGCUCUAUCAGCGUGCACACUGGCAUCAUCUGUCCAUAUUGAAUAAGCUUGUUCACGGUUUGAAGUGCGAAUGCGCAGUGUGAUGCAUUGUGGGUAAAAUGUCAAAGUGAAAGACCCCUGUUAAAACAUAAAGAAUGACAAUGGUGUAUGUUUGAUUAGUGGGGCCUUCAAAUUCUCAUAUAACCCACGAUGCAUCACACUACGCUUGUAUACUUCAAACCAUGAAGUAUCUUUUACUCUUGUUCAUGGCCAGGGCCACAUGUCAUUUCUAUAUAAGCUUGAAAUCAUCAAGAUAUAGCCAAUGUACAAGAUAAAGCCAAGGUACACAAAGAUGCUUUUGAUCUAAGAUCUUUACAGAUUAAUCAUGUAUAUGAAUGUACUAGGAUGCUAUGUAUUGUCUUCGAUCUGUGUGUUUGUUUGUUUCUUUGAAAAUAUUUCAUGGAGGUAUGAAAUGUUCCAUUCAUUGUCAAUCCUGUGUGUAACUUGAUAAUACACUUAAGUAUUAGCUGCACUGUUAAGGUCUGCCAGACAAUAGUAAUUAGCAAAGGAUGUGUGUAAGUCGUACAUGUGUAGAAAUGUUCUAGUGGGUGUGUAAAAGACAAUAGAGGUAACUGUUUAAAAGACAUUAUUGCUUUAUAGUUUGAAAACUAAUUUGGUUUUAACAGCGAUGAAAUGUUGUGAAUCUGUACUGUAGUAGACGCAAAUAUUGUGUUAUUUUCCCUUAAACAGGUAUAUUGCGUUUACAUAUAAUCAUGUAGAUAACACCAUACUUGUGUAUCUCACACACGCAUGCUGUAUUUGUUUGUGAAUAACCAGUAAAUGUUUGCUAAGCAUAAAGCCGAUUCCCUGAUUGGCUGGCCGCUGGUUAGAGGCCACGCCAACAAAGUGGAAACCUCAGCCCAGUGCCUUUCCAAAGUGUAUCACAGGCCGCGGGCGAGGUCUUAAGUAGGAGAGUGACUUAUUUGUAACCUUGAAACAUAUGACGUCAAAUUCAACCUUUUCCUGACGAGGAAUUGUGAUAAGUUUGGUAUCAUAUCUCAAGCUAGUAGUUAUACCACUUGCAAAAUGUAGAAGAAUACUUUGUCGACUUUUCUUUCCUCCAAAACAUGCCGAUGCAUGUGUGAGGGAAGUUAGUGGCAGACUUAGCUCAAAAUAAAGCACACAAAAAAGAGACUUACCGCAAA